AUGUUGGUUGCUGCCAUGUCGUUGGUUGCUGUGAUCUGGGCCGCUGCCUUGUGUUUGGGCAAGGCUUCAUUGUUGACAUCGGCAAUCCAUGCUGGCCGCAAUGUGACCUUCAAGGACCGUCGGUCAGGUGGGGGAGAUGAUGCGUUACGUGGCAUCCUGAACAAGGCGACCCCCUCUUGCAAACAGGGCCUAAAGAAAUUCUACUGCCACCGGGUUGCUGCCGUGCCUUUGAUCCGCGCCAGCCCGCCUCUGGAGAACUUCUGUGAAGAACGCAGAAGCCGAGGGCCCACUCAGCGCAGCCGGGCCUUUGAAUUCCAAAGAGUCUCGCACGCCAAGAUCGUUUUCUUUGUGCUCGCUUUUGGGUACCCGCUGAAUGUUGGACGGUUGCUGCAAAGCUUGGCGCCGGCUCAACACGUCCUGGUGUUUGGCGGUUGA